AUGUCACUCAUCACUGAUGGUGUCCUUAUGGCGCUUUGGGAGAGAGCCCAGGAGCGAUCUUCAGAUGAACAGGCCUCGGCCAAAGUUUGGACUCAUUUGUGGAACACACACUUCUUUUUGGAGGAGAAAGAUAGGGUGAUUUUCCAGGUGGCUCCUCCGGAGGUAUGUCGCCGUCGACUGGUGGACAUUAUAGUAGAAUUACUGGGUGAAGGUACUAGAUCGGUGGUUCUCGCCUUCCACGAAGCAGAGAUAUUGAAUGCAGGGCCUCAGGAUCUCGAAGAAGCUGAGAUUGAAGCGUCCAACACUUGUAUGAAGUACCUUGGAAAGCACCCUGAACUGAAGUUUGUGUACGCGUUUACGUCGUUCGGCACAAAAAGUAGAGCAUGGCUAUGCGAACGAACGGAGACUUACUUGACGCUAUUUGGCUUAGGCGACCCGGCUGAUCGUGGCCAGUACAUUGAGAUACACUCCUCAGAGGGUUACCUGAUUAAACAGGCAGUCCAAGCGAUGAGAAUCGUCCCGUCAUCUAUAUAG